GUUUAGCGCGCCGUGUUUAGUCUCUUGACAGAUCUACGCCUGUUCGCACGUAUCUCGCCCCAUUCGCUGCGUAUCUCCAACUGGAACGGUUCGACACCUUUGCCAAAAAAGAAAAUCGCUACUUUGGGUGCCGUUUUUGGUGGAAUUGUUGUUUGUGUGCUUGGGUGCAUAGUAGUGAAAUUGCAGCUGCAAUUCGUUGUGUUUAUUCUACGUUUUUUUAUCCCGUUGCAUUAGUUCAAAAACUCGCUCCUUCUAAAGGUGGAACUAAAGCGUUUGAAGUGCAAUUUUCGGGCGGCCUGUUUGUGCAUCCCAAGGAACAGACCCCAAAAGCAACAGCAACGCGCACAAACACACGUACAAAAACAAACGUUAACGUAAACCAGUUUGGUGGUGAUUCGGUUGGUGGUUCAGUGCAAAGUGUGUACCUUUUUCCCCGUCCAAACAUCUGCGUGACCCCACGUAAGAAACGAAAUUCAAAAUAACAUGGCCAACAAAUUCGUGUCAGUGCUGAUGGUUUCAUCUUUCCUGCUGGUGGUUAGCUUCGGAGCAGCCAAUGCCCUGAAAUGCUGGCGAUGCUCGUCCGAUGCCUCAACGGCUGCCUUUUGUGACGAUCCCUUCACACAGGACAUCAUUACGGAACAGCAGAGACGCUGGAGCUAUGUGGACUGCAGCUAUCCGCCACAGGUCAACUACCAGUUCGGUCAGCAGAAUCAACAAACCCGACCAGUCUGCAAGAAAAUGAAGCAAAUCAUUAACGAUCGUGUCGUGGUGUCGCGUUCCUGCGCCUAUGAGGAUGUCAACACAUCGCCCAACUCGUGUCUGAACGCUCAAACACCGUCGUACAUUAAGACCGAGUUCUGCGAGACCUGUCUCACCGAUGGGUGCAACGGUGCAUCACAGUACGGACCGGCUGCACUGAUGAUUCUGAUCAGCGCACUCGUCGCUAAGCUGCUUGCCUGGUAACGAGGAUGAGCAGUAGUGUCCAUGUUCAAGUUUUGUGGUGAUCCCCACCGAAAUGGUGCUGAGAAGAUGCAGAGCAGCAGUUAACUUAUCAUAAAAGAACAGAAACACAAAACCACAUAAUCAAUCACCAAUGCAAUCGGGUACAGUAAAGCGAACAAUUACGUCCAUUUGCGCUGCAGCAUCACCGGAGAGAUGGCCACGCAUCCACAACCAGAAUCUCAUUCGCACCGGUUCACCGGAAGUGUUGCCUUACUAAGGACGCUGUGAGCGUUCGAUAAGCGUUAAAGUAUUUUUUUCCGAAACAACCCAAAACUUUACCUUAAUUCUACAAAGCAAACAAACAAACAAACAAACGAAUAAAAAAGCAAAGCAUCGUGCAACAUAACUUUCGGAACGAUUGUAUUUGUAUGUUACAGUGUUAAACUAAGCUUGAAAAGUGUAGGAUAACGAACCGUUAAAAGUAAAAAAACAGCACAAUCAAACGUGUUAAUUAUUGUAAGCGAACAGUAACAGUUUAGCGAGCGAGGGAUCUAAAUGUACAAAACCACAAGAUGUGCAAACGAGAAAUAGAAGGGAUAGAAUACACAUUCUCACAAACAUUUAUGUACACAGUUCAAUGUUAAACAACAACAAAAAAACACCUUUUUCUACACCGACUAUUUGUCUUGUCACCUUUGUUUUUAACACCACAAUGAUGUGAUUCGCGUUAGUUUUAUAUACGAUAGGGAAAUUUCCAUCUGAAAUUUGUCUUUUUUGUAGAAAAUGCACGUGAAAAUAAAAAUUAAAGCCGAAAGAAGAUAUACUGGUAAAAACUGGAUAACAGUAGCAUAACGCGUAUCAGUAAAAAUCGAACAAUAUUUCUAUCGUUUCCACAUCAUUAUACACAAUAAAUAGAAAUCAAACAUCACAGUAUAAAUCAUACAAUUGUAACAAACUUAUUGUCAGAUCAUUCUACACCACAUCACUAACGUUAAAAGUGUACAUAAAAAAGGAUAGAAAAUAAAAUUACACACAAUAAA